GGAAGCAACGGCUAUCUUUGACCUCACCAACAUGGCGGACCACGGCGGACAACAUUCCUGGUUGGUUGAUUUACCAUUGCGAGAAAAUAAAAGAGAUUCUUGAUCCACCCCGACGAAUGUGCGUUUGUGGAGAGAAGCGGACGGACACCGUGCUUCGAAGCAAUAAUUUAGUGCUCAGGUGUAGGCGCCCAUAGUGCCGUUCGCGUCGCGGCGCUGGCUGGCGGGCGGGCGGGUGAGGGCGCUAAACGUGGCGCCGUGUCCCGGCAGACAUGGACAUGGCCAUGGACAGCAGGCAUCUGGCUGCUCUGGUACCUCCAGCAGCCUGGAGCUGCCGCUGACAGCAAUACACACUUGUCUGGAGAAGCAGCAGCAGCAGCACAGGCAGCAAGAGAGCAUGACUCAUUUUGAUCUGUACCUGUCCUUCAUAAAGAAAGCCUCGUUGACAGUUUUACUGGUGAUCUUUUACUACUGCUUCUCCAUCGGAAUCACCUUCUACAACAAGUGGGUGAUGAAGAGGUUUCAUUAUCCUAUCUUCAUGACGUUGGUUCACCUGGCGAUGACCUUUGUGCUCUCUGGAAUAAGCAGAACACUCGUCUCAUGGUAUACAGGGAAGCCACACAUUUGUCUGUCAUGGAAACCGUAUCUGAAGAGGGUUGCUGCCACAGCCCUGGCAACUGCAUUAGACAUUGGGCUGUCUAAUUGGAGCUUCAUGUUUAUCACUAUCUCACUGUAUACAAUGACAAAGUCGACUGCUGUCCUAUUUAUUUUAUUCUUUGCAAUCAUAUUCAAGCUAGAGAAAUUGAGAUCAUGGCUAUUAAUAGUUAUUGUGUUAAUAGCUGGAGGCCUCUUCAUGUUCACAUACAAGUCAACUCAGUUUAACACAAAAGGAUUUAUCCUGGUAUUGAUUGCAUCCUUCCUCGGUGGAAUACGAUGGACAUUGACACAGAUUCUUACCCAGAAGGCUGAUCUAGGUUUACAGAAUCCUAUUGACACCAUGUACCACCUCCAGCCUCUGAUGUUUAUUGGUCUCUUCCCGCUGUUUGUGUUCAAUGAAGGACUCAGCCUGUCUGCUUCAGAGAAGUUAUUUCGCUACCACGAGACCUCAGCUUUAUUAAAUAUGGUGUUUGUAUUGGCUGGAGGAGGAUUUCUAGCAUUUGGACUCUGCUUCUCUGAAUUCCUUUUGGUUGCCAAAACAUCCAGCCUGACCCUAUCCAUUGCGGGUAUUUUUAAGGAAGUCUGUGUCCUGAUCCUUGCGAGCCAUCUGAUGGGUGACCAGCUGACUCUUUUAAACUGGUUGGGAUUUGUAAUGUGCCUGUCUGGAAUAUCAUUACAUGUUGCACUUAAAGUAACUUAUUCAGAAGAUUCAUCCAAAGACACAAGGAUGGAGAAAAUCCAUGAUGUGGCUUUGAGUGAAGUUGCAACAGAGUUACUUCUAAGAAAUGGACAGGCAAAUGAGAGUGAAGAAGAUGAAGUUGUCCAUUAAUAUUUGAUAUCUUGCGUCUAUGUUGUCAACCAUUCCAAGUUUUUGCCUCCCAUGUUGUACAUGUGCUGUGCUAAGAUAUGUCUGUAUUAGCUUUAAACACUGUCGAUGUUUUCCUUGCAAUGAUUGGAACUAAUUAGAGAGGUGUCUAUUGCACUGAGAAUGGACAUCCCUCUGACCAAGAGCAGGGAUUGAGGUUACAGUGAAAAUAUCAAAUCCAUUUUAAUGCUGUUACUUUGCACAUUUUUGCAUCCAUUUGAAUGGUGGGGAAAUGUCUAUUCUUCAGUUAAGAUUUGGAUCAUCAAAUUUGGGUCCUUGGAGAGAAUAUUUUCAGCUAUACAACUCUGGGUGAAAUUACUGUUGAUUAAGAACUGUGGAUGGUGGUCAUAGCAACUUGUGGUGGAAGAUGUAUUGUACAGUGCUGAAACAGCAAUUUAUCUUUUUCUUAUAAUCAGAUUCUACUAAUUUAUUGAAUAAGCUUGGUGACGAGGUUGCCUUAAAUUGAAGUAUUUAUGUAUUACCUGUUGUCAAGAAAAAGGACUGAUUUAUGCAGACAGAAAAAUGAGGUAUGAACCUUGAUAUCAUGUGGGGAGGUAAUAGUUGUCUCAGUGGCACUCAAAUUUGAUUUGAUAUAUCACCUGAAUUAUCUUUAUCUGGAUUAACUCUUAAUUUGAGUUUAUCGCUGUAAUUUCUCAGGAGUAAUUUGCACCAUUUUUCAUGGGGAAAAUGAUACAAACUCGUCAGUUCACCACUUGAGUUAACAUUGUCUCUUUUCAGUUAAGAAAUUUGCCUUAAAUGCUGGAAUUUUAAACACUAACCCUUCCUCUACACAUUUCUCACUUUUUUCUUCUCGCUAUACCUUGGCACUUCAGUCUUUCUAUGACCUCCUCCUGUGUCUUUUUCUUGUAGCUGUAAGUUCUCUGACUUUAUAUUGAAAUAGCUGUGAAUUAUUUUACAUUCUAAUGUGGGUGAUUUUAAUUAACAACUUGAUGAAGUGGGACCAGUUGAGUCCCUGUCACAUGGGAGGCCUGGUCCCCCAAUACAACCCGUUCCCCAACGCAAUAUUCCACCACAUACACCUUCCCCCAACGCAACCCGUUCCCCCAACACAAUAUUCCACCACUCACCCAUAGCCAGCAACAGGGCAGGCGCGGCUUAUUCCCCUCAUUCCCCAGCACUCCCUCCCCCUCCUCUUCAUCCUCCCUCUUCUUUCCCCUCUCCUCCUCCCCUCCCCCAAUCCCUCCCUCCGUCUCCUUUCCCAAACUCUGUCACUCCCUCCAUACCUCUCCUCCCCCCCCACUCCUCACCUCCCCCAUUGCCCUCCUCUCCCUCAAUUCCCACUCUCUCUCCCACUUUCCCCACUCCCUACUCCCUCAUCUCCCUCAAUCCGCACUCCCUUUCACACAGAGAGUGGUGAAUCUCUGGAACUCUCUGCCACAGAAGGUAGUUGAGGCCAGUUCAUUGGCUAUAUUUAAUAGGGAGUGAGAUGUGGCCCUUGUGGCUAAAGGGAUCAGGGGGUAUGGCGAGAAGGUAGGUACGGGAUACUGCGUUGGAUGAUCAGCCAUGAUCAUAUUGAAUGGCGGUGCAGGCUCGAAGGGCCGAAUGGCCUACUCCUGCACCUAUGUUCUAUGUCUAUGUCCUCACCUUCCCAGGAUCUUGAGGUUGCAGUCGUCGGCCUCAGAGCCAGGCUCAGCGACCAGGCCUUGGGUCCUCGGCGCAGCAUCAGCCCGCUGCGCGGGCCCGGAUCAGCAGCAGCCGUAGGCCUCUGAGCCAGCCUCAGUGUCUAGGCCCCGGAUCGUCGGUGCCCACAGAUGCAGACCGAGCCCCAGCGCCAAGGCGGUGGAGCCGGCCUCGGUGCCCAGGUCCCGGAUCGUCGGUGUGGCCUCUCAUCUCCCCGCCCCCGGAGCCGGCUGCCGCAUCCGCCCGUAGUCACAGCCCCAGCCUCAGCGCCAAGGCGGCGGAUCCCAGCGGGUCCGGGCGGCAGAAUUUAAAAUGGAAGUCAUCUUUCGCCGUGGUGAAAAAAUGAUGCCGCUCUGAAUUUUGGAAAGGCCCCAACUGCGCAGGCGCGGCUGUGGACCCAUUGGGUGCCCUUUUCGACGCCCGUAAAGAUGCGCACAGGAACUCUCCCCCAACUGCAUAUGCGCGGGUGGGGGCGCUGUUUUAUUUUUUUAAACCUUAAUAACUUUUAAAAUAUACCAUUAAUCUGAACAAAACUUUUUUUCAUUUACAGCACAGGACAAUGGUGAGUAAGGUGGGCCAAAAAUCGUAGAGCUAUCCUGUACUGUUUAUGUGCAAAUAGAGAAACAUUGCAAACCUGCAGAUAACAAGAUGAGAGUUUUAGUUAAAUACUAGACUAAGUGCAGACCCGUUGGGUCUGCCCCCCCAACGCAACCGUUCCCUACCCGUAGCCCCCAAUUGCACUUUCCCUGCGUGUUGCAAUAGCAAUUUGCCCUCCCCCUCCUGUGAGGUCACUGCUAGCCGAGCCAUUGUGACAUCAUCAGUUGAAGAUGGUCGUUUUGAUUUUUUUAAACUUUAAUCAGUAAUAAGUCGAGAAAUAUAGCUUAAAAUGUUGUGAAGGUGAUCUCUGCCUAGAGGGGAAAAAUGUGAAUCAGAAUAUGUAAAACUCUUGUGAAAGUUGGCAUUUUUAAAGCUUUAAUUGCGAAUAAUGUGUCAAAUAUAGGAUGAAAUCUUCAGUGAGGCUGAUCACUGCUAGCAGAGCCAUUGUGACAUCAUCAGUUGAAGCUGGUCGUUUUAAUUUCAAAGUCUUUUGACUUUUUAGACUUUUAAUCAGUAAUGUCGAGAAUAAGUCGAGAAAUAAAGGUAAAAUGUUCAGAUAAGUUGAUCCCGACCUCGAGGGGAAACGUCAGUCGGAAUAUGUAAAAAUAUUAUCGUUACCGCGUAGUGUUUUUGCGAAGAUGUAAAGACAACCACAUAUAUAUAUAUAUAUAUAUAU